AUGAUAGCUCGAGGCAUCGCGGGGCUCAUGCGGCCCUUGCGAAGUGGACUGAAUGUGAGCACAAUUCGCUUUAUUUACCUCAGUGGGGUGGCUGAGCAGCAUCACACACCAGCUAAGCAGAGGUCACAAAGAGGCUUCAGCUCCACGCACAAGCUCCAAGAUGCUUCUGGGGAAUCGAGCUCUGCAGAGCAGGUGACGGUGCAUUUUAUAAAUCGUGAUGGAGAGCGACUUACGGCCGUAGCCAAGGAAGGGGAGAGCUUGCUGGAAGUGGUAGUCAACCAGAACCUGGCCAUUGACGGAUUUGGUGCAUGCGAAGGGACAUUAGCCUGCUCUACCUGUCACCUCAUUUUUGAGAAGGACACCUUCCAGAAGCUGGAUGCCAUCUCAGAUGAAGAGAUGGACAUGCUGGACUUGGCCUAUGGACUCACUGAGACAUCUCGCCUUGGAUGCCAGGUGUGCAUUAAGAAGUCCAUGGAUGGUCUGACAGUGCGGGUCCCCAUGGAUGUAUCGGACAUCAGGAGGCAGCUGGAAGUUGGAAAGCAAAGCAAACAGUGA